AUGUCCUCAAAUAAAAAUAAAAAAUGGUCAUCUAUCUCUUCAUUGUCGAAACUUCUUUCUCAAAUUACACAUAGUCUUUUAAUUCCAUCGAAAAAAUCAACACAAACAUUAAAGAAAAAUAAAAAGAAAGUUAAACCAACAGAAUCUAUUAUUAAAAAUGUUGAUUUUGUAGCACAAAGUGUUCCUGUAACUCGUCGUCAUCCACCACAAUCUAUUUCAAAGGUUCUUCAAAUUCAAAAUUCGAUAAAAGAAAAUCAUUAUCGACAAAUAGUUCAUGAAAAUUUGUAUGUAAAAAGUGAAGACAUAGACGAAGAAGAUGAUGAUUAUUCAAGAUAUUCACUUCAACCAAAUUUAUCUCUUUUUAAUAUAAGUACAGAAAAUCUUAAUUAUAAAUCAGAAGAUUAUAAUCAAGAACGAUUAUCACGACAAUAUGAUUGGCUCGAUAAUAUAUUUCAUUCAACUAAGAUUGAAGAAUAUUAA